ACAACGAUACCACAGUUUCGUCUACAACGGGAGAGCCUCCAACUGUAGCACGCUAGAGGAAAUUAAGUACCUUGGGGGAAUACAUAAAAGAGGGAAAACCCUAAGAGGUAAAACAGAGGAUCCGGCCGGCUUGUGAAGAGAAGGUUAUUAUGGAAUCCAUUGAAGCAACAAGUAGCAAGAGUAGUAGUGGAUAUGAAAUUUCUGAAGAAGAGGAAAAAGGGGGGCUUUGGAGAUCGCUUCCCCAUAACUGUAGAGCUAUCAUUGAACGCUCGGAAUCACCUUACCAAGAAGUUCAAACAGAGAAGCAGCUAUAUGAUCGUCUCUGCUCUGGAGUGUUGUUAGAUCAAAAAAGAAAGAAGUACUGGAUUGAUCCAAAAACAAGCUAUAACUGUUUCAUGCUAUUUCCAAGAGAUCUUUCAAUCACUUGGGUUGAGGACACACGUUGCUGGGAAUGGCCUUUAUUUCAAGAAUCAAGCAACUUGCUCCUUAAAAUAGCGGAAUUGAAAAGAGUCUUGCGGCUUGAGGUGCGUGGAAAGGUUGAAACAUCAAAUCUCUCACCAGGAGUCAUGUAUGAGAUCGCAUUCUUGGUAAUGUUUAAAGCUCGCGCCCAUGGAUGGGAUGUUCCAGUGACUUUUGAACUCAUACUUCCUGAUGGAAAGAAGCAGGAACAUAAACAGAGUUUGCUUUCCUACCCUGAGGGUGAAUGGGUGGAACUUCUGGUAGGGGAAUUCAGGACCUGUCAAGACAUGGAUGGAGACUUGGAGUUCUCCCUCCUUGAAAUCGAGGAAAGUAACGUCAAGAGUGGGCUUGUCAUCAAAGGUGUCAUUAUUCGACCUAAGAAUGAGCAACCACUGCAAAAUAAUCACUUCUCGGUCAUUGCAAAUGAUCUUUCAAUUGAAUGGGGUUCAGACCAGCGUUACUGGCGUUGGAGUAGUAGUAACAACUGUAACCUGGCUGAAGUUGAACUUAUAAAAGUAUAUUGGCUUGAAGUGAAAGGAAAGUUCGACACAUCAAAGAUCUCAUCAGGAAUUGUGUACGAGGUGGCAUUUGUAGUAAUGCUAAAAGAUAAUGCAUGUGGAUGGGAAGUUCCGGUGACCCUCCAACUUUUUCUCCCCAAUGGAGAAGUGCAGGAACAUAAAGAAUGUCUUUUGAACAAGCCUAAAAAUCAAUGGAUUACACUUUACAUCGGAGAAUUCAAAAAGUGUGCAGAAAAAGCUGGAGAAAUAGAGUUCUCCCUCUUUGAAAAUGAAAAGCAAGAUUUGAAGAAAGGGCUUGUUAUCAAGAGUGUCAUUAUUCUUCCAAAGAACUAAGUCCAUCGGAGAAGUUUGAGUAUCUAAAUAAAGUGAAUAGAGAUAUAUUGUUGUUGUGUAUUGAUAUGCAUUGAUGCAACCCUCACUUACCAGCUUGAGUUGUUGAUAAGCGGUUGUAACAUUGGUAUCAGAGCAAGAGUUUCGGACUUGAUCCUUGGUAAGUGUGAGGGGUUUAUGUUGUGUUGGGCGAUUGUAGCUUGCACAUGUGAAGUGUUAUGUCCUUUCAUCCUAAAGGAAAGAUAUGUGAUACUUUUAUUUUCAAGGGUUUCAAUUAGUAUGUGAUUAUUUUCUUGCAUCA